UAAUAAUAAUAAUAAUAAUAAUAGCUUUAUUAAAUACUAUAAAUUUUUGCACAGUAAGAGAUUCUCAUUAUCAGUUAUACAAUAUUACUACAAAUAUCUCUUUGACAUAAAUUCAUAUUAUAAUUACUGAAAACAUAUUUUGAAUUUUUUUAACAUUCUGUAUCUUUCACCCAUGUUCAAUAAUUAAAGUUUUCUACCAGUUCAACUGAUACAACUAUGUUUGUAAUCUGUGAAACAUAAGGUUCUUGAAUUCCAAAAUAUUUGUCUCUUAUUUUGUCAACGAAUAGAUAAAAGCUAAAAGUACUUUAGUGUCUCUGAUUGUUGCAGUAAUUAGAAUCGUGAUAACUUUUAACUCUCCUAAUUUUAGCCUUUCAAUAUAUCGAGUUAGCGCUCACAUAAUCAUUCAGUUUAAACAAAUCUAAGACAAUUAGGUUAAAUGCAAUGUUUGCACAGUUAGUAAAAUAAGUAGCUCCCAAAUGUUUAGUCAGGUCUCUGUAUUCAAAAUCGUCCUUACAUCACAAAUAUCUUUGUUGUUCUAUUUGGUAACACCUAUAAUAAUUCACUCAUCUUAGAUUUAAUGUAAAAUCAUAAUUAGAACUUCCAAAUCUCAUUAUAGUUAUAUUACUGACUAAUAAUGUUAUUUUUUCUGUAAUAAUUAUCAAUAAAUUGAAGCUUUAUACAAUUACUCUUUUAAUUUACUCUCGUGUUCCUGCAGUAUUUUUUAAUAUUUUUUACUCAAGAACACAUGUGUAACAACAAAUCUAAAACAGUUGCCACAAACGCAACAAGUUGAUUUAGCCACAUUAAUCGGAUUAAUUACGGGAGUUGGUAUACCAGAGAGAAGUUUAGGCAUUCUAUCAUCUUCAUGGUUGUAUAAUUUCUGGUCAACAAAUUAUGAUCGAUUAAAAGUGCUAUAUAUGUUAAUGCAACAAAUUGGUCGUUUAUCUGGUGAAUGUGUAUUUUCAUCGAAGUCAUAUAAAUUUGAGCAUAAAAAUUGUAUUUCAAGUGUAUGGAGUCAAGAACGAACUACGGAAUAUAACAUUUUGCUAAAUGGAAUUAUCACUUGGUUACAUUGCCAAAACGCUCAAGGAAAUUCAACUAAUGAAUUCAAGCAAAUUGAUUGUGUAAAAUCAGAUUCUCGUUUAAAAGGUGAAAAACUAAUUACUGAUACAGUUAACCUACUUAACGGUAUACAAUCAGAAUCUUUGUCAAAAGUUGAACAUUUAAAUAAUAAAAAAAUGAUAUUUGGCGGUAUUUUAAUGUGGAUUGUUACCUUAUUGCUGUUUCACAAGAUUCUCAAUUCAGUUAUUUACUCUUCCGAUACCAAAAAUCCUCUGACAAACAGAAAAAAUCAAAAAACAAUAAUUCAGUAUUAUUAUUCGGAUACAGCUGAUUUGAGUUAUUCAUUUGAUCCAUUAUUAGUUCAAAUUAUCUGUUGGUUCGGCACAAUUUGCUUAGUUCUACAUUCCAUCAGUUUAGCAUCAAGUAGUUGGGCUGAAGAAGAACAUCAAUUAUGGUAUUAUUUUAGUUCAAGUCUUAUAUUACUGACUAGUUUGUUAAUUCUACUUGGCAAUGUCAGUUCAAGCGUGAAAUGGGUCAUUUUAAAAAUUAUUUUUAAAGUACUUUUAUUAGAUCGCUUCCUAUUGCGUAGACUACAUCAAACUGGUAACAAAUGGAUACAUUCACCGGAUAUAUCUGACUGGUUGUACAAACCUGAACACGUUGCAGUGUUAUGGACUUGUUUAUUGUUUUGGUGGAUUGUAUUUCUAGUAUUUCGUUUCAAAGCAAUUAUUCAUCUGCGUCCUAAUUGUUCAUUAUGGGAAAAAUGUCAAUAUUAUGCCCCAAUGAUCAGUGGAGCUUUCAUAGUUCUCAACCAAUUAUUAUAUAGAGCAGCAGUAUCAGAUUACGAACAUGAAGAUGCUAUACAAUCAGCUCGAAUUGUUUACUUGUUAUGCUUAAUAGAUGCAUUUUGUUUGUAUAAAUCAAGAAGUAUACGUUUAAAUAAAAAUGCUAAUCGUUUAUUCGGUCAAACAUCAGUAAAUUCAUCAAAAACAUUUUGGGAUUCAAUUGUUCAUCCGUUAUCUACAUUAAAUAUACUUGUGUGUUUACUUGGUAAACCUGUGAUUACAAUUCUAUGGCUUAGUAUAUGGAUUAAAGAGGCGUUAACAUCCGAAAUGAUACAAGUAAUAUUUCAUUAUUCGGGUAUUCAUUCAUCGCAUAAUACAUUUCGUUAUAUUUUGCCAUUCUGUUCAUGGCUUAUCUACUGGACUCAAGGUUGGGUGAGCUUUUUCCAACAAGGGAAUUCCUUGAGCUUUUCUACCAUUGAUCUAUCUGCAGCGUAUGUUGGUCUUCGAUAUCAUCAACCAAUAAUAGCCGGUCUACUUUUAGCCUUUUACACUUACUCUGGACCAUUAAUAUGGCAAUUAGCCUAUUUUUGUCGAUUUGUUUUAUCUAGAUAUAAACAUUUUGGUGAAAAGUUUAAUUGUCUUGUAUUAGGUUUUAUUGUAUUACCUAUUACAUUAUGUGGCACAUUUUGUUUCUUUCUACAAUCACAUUUAUUUAUUUGGACAGUUUUUGCACCGAAGAUGUUGUAUUCUGCUGUAUUAUAUUUAACUAUGGUUCCUGUUUUAUGUAUUUGGUCUGUGAUAACCCCAUAAAUGUAAUUUUAAGCAAAAAUGUAUGAAUAUAUGUGGUCUCAUUUCAUGUCUUAA